GCUUGAGCUCUCACAAUCCUCCACACUGCCUCAAGUACACUUCUCAACUACGACUUGUCCUUUGAGUUCACCAGGCAAAAUGAAGCUCUACUUUCCACUCCUCUGUUUCCUUCUUCUUACCUUUUCUUUCAUGGAUCCAGCCAUGGCCCUCGCUACUUCACCAUAUUGCAGCGACAAGUGCUCGACGAGGUGUGCAGUAGCAGGAGUUCGGGAUCGAUGCAUAAAGUAUUGUGGGAUUUGCUGUGAAGCGUGCAAGUGUGUGCCUUCUGGGACUUAUGGGAACAAGCACGAGUGCCCUUGCUACAGGGACAAGAAGAACGACAAGGGCAAGCCCAAGUGCCCCUAAUUUAAUUACUCAAAUUUUCUGUGUGUAGUUUAAUCUUUAUGGAGAAUGUUAAUUAGGGUUAAAGUUGGUCUGCUUUAGUAAUAAUAGCAAGAAUUGGUAGUUGAUCCUUUUUAUGUUUGGUAUGAGUCCAGUUAUAUAAUUUUAUGUUGUGAUCUUGAUCUUGGUUGUUUAUGUCCAAUGGCAGUUGGAUUUUCAUAAAAUAAAUAAAUUAUUUGUCUUCUUUUUUA